GUAUGAAAGUGGGGAGGAAAAGGCGAACGUCUGUAUUUUACGUUCGUUAUGUAGUUCAUGUCCUCAAGCGUAUCGUUGCAGUUGUAACUAUGGCGUGUUUAAGUUCCAGUAGGCUCUGUGCUCGUGUUCAAGAUAAGUUAUUGUGUCAAUUUGGACAUAAAGUUCGAAGGCAAACUGUAUUUGUGAAACUCAAACCCCCUGGACCUUCUCCUUUGCGGAUAUUUGGAAAGACUUGCCAGAGGGUAACAACAUGCGGGCCCGCCUGUGGCUCCGGCGGCGCGAGCGCAGCCACCUCGUCGGUCGGCGUUGCGCGCCGCCUCGCCUCCAGCCUACAGAGCACAAGCACCGGCUCCCUCCCAGACUACGGCACACAAAUCGUCGACCCCUACCGCUUGCUUGAAGACGACCUCAAUGGCAUAUACGAAGACAUACGAGCGACGUAA